GACUCUCCCCUCGCGUGGAGCUGCCUGCUGCUGUUCUCAGGGAGAGUGUGAGCAGAGUGUGAGCAGAGGUUGAGCAGAUGUUGGGUGAGUGUGAGCAGAUGUUGAGCAGAUGUUGGGAGAGUGUGGUCUAUAUGGCGAGUGCUGAUGCUCUGAGGAAAUUUGGCAGGGAAAACGACACAAAAAGACGACUAGCAAAGCAAAGUCCCACCAUCAGCUGGUUAAUAAAGCGGGCAGCAGACAGCACACCUCGUCUCUCCACUCCUCCACGCAGCCUGGUGUUCCGGGUCCGACAGGUGAAGCGCGUGAGGAGGAAGGAAAGGGCGUGUCUCUGAACCGUGUCCCGGGCUGCAGAGCGCAUUCACUUCAUUACCAGCAGUGCAGAGCAGCAUGGACACCGCAGCCAGGCAGCCAGAAAGCUCUCCGAAAGAGAAGAGAAAUCCGCACAAAGCCGCGUUAAUCCUGGCCAGAGGAGGCAGCAAAGGGAUUCCCCUGAAGAACGUCAAGGUCCUGGCUGGAGUUCCUCUGAUCGGCUGGGUGAUCCGAGCAGCGCUGGACUGUGAGCUCCUGGACAGCGUCUGGGUGUCCACAGACCAUGAUGAGAUUGAGAGGAUUGCCAAACUCUGGGGUGCUCAGGUGAUUCGCCGGAGUCCUGAGGUUUCCAAAGACUCCUCCAGUUCAGUCGACACCAUCCGCGAGUUCAUCAGACUGAGGCCAGAGGUGGACAUUAUUUGUCACAUCCAGGCCACUUCUCCAUGUCUGCACCCGUACCACAUUAAAGAGGCGUUAGAGAUGAUCACAGAGGAGGGAUAUGACUCGGUGUUUGCUGUGGUGCGCCGGCAUCAGUUCCGCUGGACUGAAGUGAAGAAAGAAGAGGGUAAGAACCCUGUUCCUCUGAACCUGGACACCUCCAGGAGGCCACGCCGUCAGGACUGGCCAGGCGAGAUCUGUGAGAACGGGUCCUUUUACUUCACCAGGAAAGAACUGUUGGAGAAGGGCUUUCAGCAGGCUGGCAGAAUUGCCUACUACGAGAUGCUUCCUGAGCACAGUGUGGAUAUUGAUGUGGACAUUGACUGGCCAGUAGCAGCAGAAAGAGUCCUCAGGUUCGGUUAUUUCGGGCGUAAUAAACCCACAGUGUUCAGGCUGAUGCUCUGCUCCAUGUCCGGCUGCCUGACUGAUGGACAGAUUUACAUGUCGGUCUCGGGGGAGGAGCUGGUGUCCACCAACACCCAAGACCUCAGUGCCAUUCCGCUGCUGCAGAGCGAGAAGAUCGAGGUAAUCCUGAUCUCCUCCAGCAAUGACCCGGUGUCUGAGGUUCUGUCCAAAAAGCUCGCUCAGCGUGCAGGAUGUCUUCUCCACUACAGAGUCGAGAACAAAAUAUCUGAAGUGGAGAGUCUGAUGAAAGAGCGAGACCUGCAGUGGGGAGACGUGGCCUACUUUGGUACGGAUCUGCAGGAUGUGGAAUGUUUAUCCAAGGCUGGCUUUAGUGGGGUUCCUCCAGGAGCUCCUGCUGCUUCAGUCAUCGCCUGUAAAUACACCUGCAAGAACAGCGCAGGCCACGGAGCGCUGCAUGAGUUCGCUAAUUACAUUCUACAGCUGAAGAAGAGAGCCACUUCAGCCCCAAACCAGGACAACAUUGAUAGGAAAAAUUUUUAGAGGAAAUAAAGUGUGUUUUUUUGCCAUGUGGGUUUUGAAAUGAGUUCAUUUAAAUUGUGUGUGUGUUUUUAAAUUUAUAUUCUUGGUUGAUUUGAUUGGUGGUUUGGUGCGCUGUUAGUUAGAUUUUUAUUUAAUUUGGAUUGUUAUUAUACAAUUAAAUGUGUGAAUUAAAACCAUGAUUCACAAACAUUGAAUCCAUAUAGAGAUUUCUCAAAACCCAAAACAAAUCUAAUCACAUUAAAUGCAAUCAUUAGACUGAACACAUUGGCUCUCAUUUCUAUUGGGUGCAUAAUAUUUUCCUACUAAUUUAAAUCAACUUCUGCGAUAUGACUUGUUACGCAAUAUGUGUGUAAUUGUUUAUUUCGGUUUAUUUCCAUUUAUGGACUUUGCCUAAAUGAAGGUCAGGGUGUGGUUUAAUUUUCACUGGUUUUAUUUUGUGUGCACUAAACAUAAUGAAGCCUUUUUUCAAUAAAAAUUUAAUUUAAACAA